UUGCUGGCAGUUCAGGGGCCUUCUUUCUAACUCGAGGCUGACAGGGUUUGGCGCCCAGAAGGAGAGUCAUCUGGGCCAGGACUCCAGAAGCACCAGCUGAGGUUGAGGGGACUUGGUGGAAGGGAUAGUUAGCAGCCUGGCCAGAGGGGUGCCAGGACUCACCCAAAUGCACACUGGAGGGGAUGUUCAGAUGGCACGAGAACGGGGAUCACACAUGCUCGUUCACACACGUGCACUUGAAGAUGCACGCACACACACGCACCCAGACACACACACCCGCCUAGCCUCUCCUGCACGCGGGGGGCACGCACACAUGAGGACACUCCUCCUCGCCUGCAUGCCUGACCUGGGGAAGAAGCCCAUCUGGUGGGAGGCACCCCCCUCCCACCCUCCAUCUGCCAUGGCCCAAGUGCUGGCCCCGAGCCCGUGCCCAGGAAGACUCAACACAGGCCCUUUGUCCCUUGGGAUCAGGGCUCCCAAGAGGGGGAUUUACUGAGCAUUUAUUUCCUGCCCCGGACACGCCCCAGUCCUCAUUCUGCCAGGAGAGGGGAACAAUAAGGCCUUCUCCUGCCCGCAGAGGUGGCCCCGGGCUGGGUGGCCCCGGGCCGGCUGGCCCUUGUGUGUCUGGAGUCAGGUUAGGGCCACAAGUCCCCGGCCUCCCUGCCCUUCAGGUGUGGGGCUUGGGAAGACCCCUCUGUGGCUCUGCAGCCUGAGGCACAGCAGACAAGAGGGUCUCCAUGUGCAGCCCAUGCAGCAGCCAGGGCCUCCCUGCAGCCCCUGGGCCAGGCUGGGCCUCUGCGGGAAGCCCCCAGCCUCACUGGAGGCAAGAACCUGAGUCCCUGGCUCAGAUCUCCGGGUAGGACUGGCCUGACUGAGACCCUGGGCAAAGCCAGGAGCUGACACCUCCUAGGGGCCUCAGUGGAUCCCUGGGACUCAGGAACCGGAGGGAACGUCCUGCUGGCUGGGAAAGGGGCAGGAUCAGAAGCCCAGGGACCUUUGCCCCAACCCCAGCAGGCCAAGGCCAGGCUGUGCAUGUGACUUGUCCUUGAGCAGCUGCUGCUGGGGAAGGAGGCCCUGAGGGAAGGCACCGCAGCCUUGUGCUCCUGAAACCCGAAGCUCCCACAUGCCCGCCGCGCCCUCACUGAGUUCCCAUUGGUACCAUGCUCUGUGCUAAGCGUUUUAUCUGUACUUUCCCCAAAGAAACUUAAUACUUUUAUUGGAAAACCAGAACGCCUAACCGCACAUUUUGCCUAAUCUUUCAUGUAAUUAACCUUUCAUUAGUGCAAGUAUUGAAAGUAGAAUACACUAUUCCCAAGUUUCAAGUUGAGGGAGGCGGGAUUCCCGGGUUCUGGUUGUACAUUCCCAUUUUCACUGAUCCGUUCAGUGGUCAAUGGAUUCUUGGGUUGCUUUCGUGUCAGCUACUGUGAAUAAUCCUGCUAUGAACAUGAGUAUACAAAUAUCUCUUCAAGGCUGGGCGCAGUGGCUUACACCUUCACCCUGGCACUUUGGGAGGCCGCAGAGGGCAGAUCACCUGAGGUCAGAAGUUCAAGACCAGCCUGGCCAACAUGGCGAAACCCCAUCUCUACUAAAAAUACAAAAAUUAGCUAAGCAUGGUGGCAGGUGCCUCUAAUCCCAGCUACUCUGGAGGCUGAGACAGGAGAAUCACUUGAACCCAGGAGGCGGAGGUUUCAGUGAGCCAAGAUCGCACCACUGUACUCCAGCCUGAGCGACAGAGCAAGACUCCGUCUCAAAAACAAACAAAACUAAACCACCCCAAAAACCAAAAACAAAUAUCUCUUGAAGACCUUCCUUUCAGUUCUUUUGGGUGUAUACUCAGAAGUGGAAUUGCAGCUGGGCACGGUGGCUCAUGCCUGUAAUCCCAGCACUUUGAGAGGCUGAGGCGGGCGGAUUACCUGAGGUCAGGAGUUGGAGACCAGCCUGGUUAACAUGGCGAAACCCCGUCUCUACCAAAAAUACAAAAAUGAGCCAAGUGUGCUGGCGCGCGCCUGUAACCCCAGCUACUUGGGAGGCUGAGGCAGGAGAAUCGCUUGAACCCGGGAGGUGGAGGUUGCAGUGAGCUGGGAUCACGCCAAUGCACUCCAGCCUGGGCGACAAGAGCGAAACUCCAUCUCAAAAAAAAAAAAAAAAAAAAUUUGUUCCAGAGAAGUGAGGAGAGCCCAGCGGGAGCCCGCAGUGGGGACAGCCUGGGCAGAGACUUGGGGAGAUCCCCAUUCUGGGUGGAAGGGACCCAGGACCACUGUUUUCCCAAGAAAGUCCCAUGAAGGAGCAGCCAUGCCUCUAGGCCCCACCCGGCCUUCAGGGAGUCCCCAGGCUUUAAGGGGACUCCUGGCUCAGGGCCAGGCCCUUGGUGCUGGAGGAGGUUGUAGGUGGAGGACAGGGGGCACCAAGAGGGCAGCCAGGACCCCUAGGCUGCAGACAAGAAAGGGACUGUGGGGUCCACCGGGUCUGGGCCACAUCAAAGAGUGUGGUCGAAGACCCGCCCCUAGGAGCUGAAAGCCAGGGCACUGCCAGGCCUGAGAGGCCCCAAACAGCCCUUGGGCCCAGGAGGGCGAAGCUGGGAGUAGAGGGCAGCGCUCCCACCCCGCCCCGCCCCCAGGGGGCGCCCCGGGCCCGGCGCGAGAGUGGGCAGAGGGGGCGCCAGGCCGCGGGAGAGGAGGCCAUGGGCGCGCGCGGGGCGCUGCUGCUGGCGCUGCUGCUGUCGCUAGAGGGACUCAGGAAGCCGGAGUCGCAGGAGGCGGAGCUGUUGUCAGGACCAUGUGGCCAACGGGUCGUCACGUCGCGCAUCGUGGGUGGAGAGGACGCCGAACUCGGGCGUUGGCCAUGGCAGGGGAGCCUGCGCCUGUGGGAUUCCCACGUAUGCGGAGCGAGUCUGCUCAGCCACCGCUGGGCGCUCACGGCGGCGCACUGCUUUGAAACCUAUGGUGACCUUAGUAAUCCCUCCGGGUGGAUGGUCCAGUUUGGCCAGCUGACUUCCAUGCCAUCCUUCUGGAGCCUGCAGGCCUACUACACCCGUUACUUCGUGUCGAAUAUCUAUCUGAGCCCUCACUACCUGGGGAAUUCACCCUACGACAUUGCCUUGGUGAAGCUGUCUGCACCUGUCACCUACACUAAACACAUCCAGCCCAUCUGUCUCCAGGCCUCCACAUUUGAGUUUGAGAACCGGACAGACUGCUGGGUGACCGGCUGGGGGUACAUCAAAGAGGAUGAGGCACUGCCAUCUCCCUACACCCUCCAGGAAGUUCAGGUCGCCAUCAUAAACAACUCUAUGUGCAACCACCUCUUCCUCAAGUACAGUUUCCACAAGGACAUCUUUGGAGACAUGGUUUGUGCUGGCAAUGCCCAAGGCGGGAAGGAUGCCUGCUUCGGUGACUCAGGUGGACCCUUGGCCUGUAACAAGAAUGGACUGUGGUAUCAGAUUGGAGUCGUGAGCUGGGGAGUGGGCUGUGGUCGGCCCAAUCGGCCCGGUGUCUACACCAAUAUCAGCCACCACUUUGAGUGGAUCCAGAAGAUGAUGGCCCAGAGUGGCAUGUCCCAGCCAGACCCCUCCUGGCCGCUACUCUUUCUCCCUCUUCUCUGGGCUCUCCCACUCCUGGGGCCGGCCUGAGCCUACCCGAACCCAUGCAGGCUGGGGCCACUGCCAAGUCAGGCCCUGGUUCUCUUCUGUCUUGUUUGGUAAUAAACACAUUCCGGUUGAUGCCUUGCAGAGCAUUCUUCAAA